AUGAAACGUCGCGGCGUAUGCCUCAUAGAGCCCUACCUCGUCGUCUGUAUCAUCCUGCUGACUGGCCCGCAGCCGUCUGCAAAGCUCCAAACCUGGACUGCUGCCUGCACACCCGCGGAGCCUGCAUCGCAAGCCGUGUCGGCAGCCUGGGAGUACCCUGAGAUUGCCGAUCCGUCCGUCAUUGAGACUCUCGUAAACGUCUACCACAACGUCGUCCAUCCUAUUCUCCUCUACUUCCAUUGGCCAACCUUUCUAGCCAGCAUCCGUUCCAAACGUUACAUGCAUGAUCGCACCUUUUACGUCUUGACAAUGGCCGUUUGUGCGACGGCUUCCACGCGUAUCCACAACAGCGCCUCUAUUGGUACACCGCCCGGUGUCUCCCGCGCCGCAGCCCCGUCAUCUAAGGCGUUCUAUCAAGCUUGUCUCGACGCACUCCCAUCGCUGAUUAUGGAGACAGCCGACUUUGACUUGAUGCGCACAGAGGCCCUGCUUGGGAUGCUCUGCCUGGAAUAUAACGACAUACGUGGCUGUUACGCGCACCAGCAUCGGUACUUGGCUAUGUGUUCUGAGAUGGGCUUUCACGAUGAGAAGCGAUGGCCGCCUAAUCUUUCUGAGAUCGACAUACAGGAGCGACGUCGCCUUUUCUGGCAGCAAUACCAUUUUGAUAUAUACUUGGCCACAAUUUUCGAGUCCCCGAUACGGCACCGCAGCGAGACUCAAUGCUACGUAUUAUACCCAGCAGAAGUGUUUGACGACGAGGACAUCUCUGCCAGUGAGGUCACCAUACGCCCUCCCGAAGAAUACGUAUCUUUUAUCCGCGGGUGGAAUUUUGUCACCGAUCUUUAUCGCAUACUCGAGCGUGUCAAUGAGCGCACACGAACACGGCAGCUAAAGGAUGGCCAUCCAGGCGGGCCAGUCAGCCAACUUUUUGCGAGAACGAGCUCCCCAAACGACAGCCCGAGCGCAAAGGAUGUCUUGGCCCUGGCACAGGAGCUCUACGACAAGCUGCCCCCCAUGUUCAAGCAGGCGAAUCCCAUAUCGGGGAAUCUGCGCGAGGACAGAUAUGGUUACCAGUCCGCCAAUAUCGUUAUCACAAUGACAACGGUCGAGAUUGUUCUGGCGGGAUGUGAGGAGCAGAAUGUUUCGAAACUGUGCGCCAUGGCUGGCGAGCUUCUUGAUCAGCUGUCCACCAUCCCGACUGCAUACAUACAGUCCACUUCCUCCGCCAUGAUACACCACCUAGCUGGAGUAGGGCAUGUCCUCGGUCGUGUAGUCAAUGCACCACUUUCGCAGUGGAGGUACAUCCAGAUCCGAUCUACUCUUCUCGCCAUGGCCGACCUUGUGAGCAGCUUGGAGACGGCGAUUCGAUCCACCGUCGGCAUAGCCCCCAGGCUGCGCGACCAUGUGAAGCGCAUCGACUGCUACAUGGCCGAUGCUGCUAGGACGGGGAAGGACGAGCACAUUCUGCAUAGUGCGCUGCCGCCGGAUUCAUCAUCCAAUACGUCAUUAAACCACAUCCAAGGUCAUGGUCAAGACACAGCGUGCGAGAAGGGUUCUAACUUGCCCGCCAGCUCCAAGCCUCCCCUAGACCCUGCCAUGCCGCCACAGUCCUCAGAUAGGUCGAUUUCUACCGUAGAUGUUAUGGAUUGGCCUUUUGAUUUUGGCCAGGGACCUGUAUUUAAUUUCCUUGGCUUCGACUAA